CCGCGCCGUCCGGCCGCCCGCCGUCCGGGCGCGCCCGCCGCCCCUUCGCCCCGUUCCGCCGGUAUGGAGCGCCCGGCCGCGGCCUGCCCGCUGCUGCGGGAUCUGCCGCCCGGGCUGGCGCUGGGGCCGUCGCUGUCCCGGCCGCGGGGGACCGGCGUGUGGUGCGUGGGCCGGGCCCUGCCGCCCGGGGAGCCGCUGGGGCCGCCCGGGGAGGCGGCGGCGGGCUGGGUGAGCCUGGUACAGCGGAGCCCCGAAGAGGCCGAGGCCAACGUGGCGCUGGGCUGGGCGGGCGGCCGGCGGCAGCUGCGGGCGCGGCGGCCCAUCGCGGCGGGCGCGGAGCUGCUCUACUGGCCCCAGGAGCUCCGCGGGGCCGCGGCGGCGGAGCGGCGGCCGGAGCGCGGCGAGGGGACGGCGGCGGCGCGGGACGCCGGGCCCAGGGCCGCCCCCGGCGGGACGGCGGAGUCCCCCGCAGGGGAUCCUGCUGUCUCCAAGGCAGUAGCUGAUGAAGCCUCAGUCCUAGAUGCCCCUGCUGCGGUUAGCAGGCCUGCCACCAAACAUUUCCACAGGCUGCAAGAUGAGGAAAGCACAGCUUCUGAACGUGAGCUGUGGCAAACUGAGGUGCUGAGGGCUGAAAACCGGCACUUUGAGACCAUCUCAACCGUUAAGGUCAACGGCAGGUGCAAGGAAGAAUCUGACAAGGGUGUGGAUCCCGGAUCUGCAGCAGAAAACGUGGAGAUGGGGCAUAAAGAAGCAUAUCCAGGAGACGUGGAUCUGUUGGCACCCUUAAGCAGGGUUCAACUCGGUGCUCCCUUGGUUGGCAAGCCAUGCAAGGUGCAUACUCUGGCCAUCCAGCUCCAGAAUUGCCUGCAAGACUGCAAUGGUGGGACAGCUGGGCAGGAAUCCCAGCAGCCCAGUCCUUCCAAAGGAGAGAGUGUAGAGACUUGUGAGAAAGAGAGCAAAGCUUCCAAAGACUCCAGACUGGCAUCCCCAGAGCAUGGGGGGAAGGGCCCACUGGAGGGGCCAGAGGAGUAUACGGAGCUGGUGGGGGGUCAUUCUGGCAGCCCAGGCGCCCCACCAAAAGCUCCGGCCCAGAAAGAGAUGAUCAAGCGCAGGUACCGCUGUGGGGAGUGUGGUAAAGCCUUCCUGCAGCUCUGCCACCUCAAGAAGCACCGUUUUGUCCACACUGGCCACAAGCCCUUCCUGUGCACAGAGUGUGGCAAGAGCUACAGUUCAGAGGAGAGCUUCAAGGCCCACGUGUUGGCCCACCGGGGCCUGCGGCCCUUCCAGUGCACCCAGUGUGACAAGGCUUACUGCACCAAACGGGACUUGCAGGAGCACUGGGUCCUGCACACCGGCCAGCGCCCCUUCUCCUGUGAGCAGUGUGGCAAGGCCUUUGCACGCCGCCCCUCUCUCCGCAUUCACAGGAAGAUCCACCUGGCCACUGGGACUGGCCCAGCUGGUCCCAAGGGAUGCCAGUGUGCCAUAUGUGGACGCUACCUGGCCAACCCUGGCUCCUUGCGCAACCACAUGCGCCUGCACACGGGGGAGCGCCCUUACGCUUGUCCUUACUGCGGCAAGGACUUCCGACAGCAGAGCAACCUGCGCGAGCACCUCCGGCUGCACACAGGAGAGAAGCCCUACAAGUGCCGCUUCUGCGGCGACGCCUUCCCCAAGCUGCCAGAGCUGCGGCGACACCUCAUCUCCCACACAGGCGAGGCCCACCUGUGCACCGUGUGCGGCAAGGCGCUGCGGGACCCCCACACGCUGCGUGCUCACGAGCGCUUGCACACAGGCGAGCGCCCUUUCCGCUGUGAGCAGUGUGGCAAGUCCUACACCCUGGCCACGAAGCUGCGGCGCCAUCAGAAAUCCCACCUGGCUGGCAAGCCCUACAAAUGCGAGCUCUGUGGCAUGGGCUACACCCUUCCCCAGAGCCUUGCACGCCAUGUUCUGACUCACAAGUUGGAAAAAGACCCUCAGGAACUUGCCACUGCAGUGGCCCCGCUUGCUGUGGUUCUACCCCAGGCAGCAAGGAAAGAGCAUCAGAGGAAGGCCUGCCAGGAAGAGGUUGCAGCAGAGCCCACCUUGCUCAUGGUGGAGGUGCCGGGACCAGCGAAUGAGUCUGAGCUGCUGAUCACAGCCAGUGGUCACUGCGUUGCUACUUACCCAUCUCAAAGCAGCCCCCCAGAUCCUGGGGCACAUGGGAGGGCCGCUGGACAUUUGCCAUCAGCAGAGGACAUCAUUGAAAUCACCAUCUCCAAGCAUGAGGACAAAUGCAUUAUAGUGCAGGAUGAGGGCUCACUGAGUGAUGUGGUCAUCAUCCAGGAGGGGGUGGGCUUUGGAGCAGUGGCAGAAGUGGUGGAGGUCGAGACUGGGACCUGACUGACUAUCCCAGCCUGCCCUGGCUGAUCUUCUGUACUUAUUAAAGUGGGGUAAAAAAAACCAACAAAAAACCUA